CCCAUCCAGGUGUCCGCCUACGGGCCGGGCCUACAGGGGGGUGUGGUGGGGACCCCGGCCCCUUUCACCAUCGACACCAAAGGGGCAGGGACGGGGGGGUUGGGGCUGACGGUGGAAGGUCCCUGCGAGGCCAAGAUCGAGUGUCAGGACAACGGGGACGGGUCCUGCUCCGUCUCCUACCUCCCCACCGAACCGGGGGACUACUCCAUCAACAUCCUCUUCGCCGACCGUCACAUCCCCGGUAGCCCCUUCAAGGCUUUGGUAGCCCCCGUCUUCGAUCCCACCAAAGUGACGGCCACGGGGCCCGGGUUGGAGAAAGGCAAAGCCGGGGAGGUGGCCACCUUCUUGGUAGACUGUUCCAAAGCUGGAGAAGCAGAGUUGACCAUCGAGAUCAUCUCGGAAGGUGGGGUGAAAGCCGAGGUCUUCAUCCAUAACAACCGGGACGGGACCUACAGCAUCACCUACACCCCGGCCUCCCCCGGUUCUUACACCAUCACCGUCAAAUAUGGUGGUCACCCCGUCCCCAACUUCCCGCUCCGCGUCACCGUCGACCCGGCCGUGGACACCAGCGGGGUCAAGGUCUACGGGAAAGGAGUGGAACCUCGAGGCGUGCACCGGGUGGAGGUGACCUACGACGACGUGGCGGUCCCCAAGAGCCCCUUCCGCGUGGGGGUGGCCGAGGGCUGUGACCCCAGCCGCGUGCGGGCCCACGGGCCCGGCCUGGAGGGUGGCCUGGUGGGCAAGGCCAACCGCUUCACCGUGGAGACCAGGGGCGCGGGCACCGGGGGGCUGGGCCUGGCCAUCGAGGGGCCCUCGGAGGCCAAGAUGUCCUGCAAGGACAACAAGGACGGGAGCUGCACGGUGGAGUACAUCCCCUUCACCCCCGGCGACUACGACGUCAACAUCACCUUCGGUGGCCACCCCAUCCCCGGGAGCCCCUUCCGGGUGCGGGUGCAGGAGGUGGUGGACCCCAGCAAGGUGAAGUGUUCGGGGCCGGGGCUGGGCCCCAACGUCAGGGCCCGGGUGCCCCAGACCUUCACGGUGGACUGCAGCGCCGCGGGGCUGGCCCCACUGGAGGUCACCCUGCUGGGACCCUCCGGUCUCCCGGAGCCCCUGGAGGUCCGUGACAACGGCGACGGGACCCACAAGGUGACCUACACCCCGGCCACCGACGGGCCCUACACCGUGGCCGUCAAAUACGCCGACCAGGAGGUCCCCCCCCCACACGCCGCCCCCCAGGACCCCGAGGGGCAGCCCAAGAAGGCCUCCAUCCGGGACAACGGGGACGGGACCUACACGGUGUCCUACGUGCCCGACCUGCCGGGGCGUUACACCAUCACCAUCAAGUACGGGGGGGACGAGAUCCCCCGCUCCCCCUUCCGCAUCCUGGCCGUCCCCGCCGGCGACGCCAGCAAGUGCCUGGUCACAGGUGGGUCCUGCCCCACGGCUCUGCCCCAUGGAUGCCCCUCGCUGCUGCCCGACCUGCCGGGGCGUUACACCAUCACCAUCAAGUACGGGGGGGACGAGAUCCCCCGCUCCCCCUUCCGCAUCCUGGCCGUCCCCGCCGGCGACGCCAGCAAGUGCCUGGUCACAG